AUGGAGACAGUGGGAGAGAAAUGGAGACAAAUAGUGUCGUGUGCUGUAAUUUCAACGACACUAGUUGUGGUUGUGGUGCCAAAUCCUGUCAUGUGUGGGAUGCAGUGUAGUUUCCCUGCAAUAUUCAACUUCGGGGACUCCAAUUCUGACACAGGUGGUAUCUCAGCAGCUUUCGGACAAGCUCCUCCCCCCAAUGGAAUCACUUUUUUCCACGCCCCUAAAGGACGCUUCUCCGAUGGUCGUCUCAUCAUCGAUUUUAUAGCAAAAAACUUGGGCUUGCCUUAUCUGAGUGCUUACUUGGACUCUAUGGGCUCAAACUUCAGUUAUGGAGCCAACUUUGCAACAGCCGGAUCCAUCGUUAGACCUCAGAACACAACCCGGUCUCAGAGCGGAUAUAGUCCCAUAUCUCUAGACGUUCAGUUUGUGCAGUUCUCUGAUUUCAAAACAAGAUCCAAACUCAUUCGCAAACAAGGAGGGGUGUUUGAGAAAUUGUUGCCCAAGGAGGAGUACUUUUCUGAGGCUCUAUACACCUUUGACAUUGGUCAAAACGAUCUCAGUGCUGGCUACAAACUGAACUUGACCACACAGCAAGUCAAGGCAUAUAUACCUGAUGUAUUGGGCCAGUUCUCCAAUGUCAUAAGGAGUGUGUAUGGGGAAGGUGGAAGGUCGUUUUGGAUACACAACACUGGCCCACUAGGAUGCUUACCAUACAUGCUGGAUCGCUAUCCCAUGAGUUCAGCCAAAAUGGACAAGUUUGGGUGUGCCAAACCAUUCAACGAGGUGGCCCAAUAUUUUAACCAUAAAUUGAAAGAGGCUGUUGUGCAGCUAAGGGAAGAGCUGCUAGAUGCAUCAAUCACCUAUGUUGAUGUAUACACAUUGAAGUACACCCUCAUCAGCCAUGCCCAAAAAUACGGUUUCGAGCAUGGGGUGAUAGCAUGUUGUGGGCAUGGUGGGAAGUACAACUUCAAUAAUGAAGCGAGAUGUGGAGCAACCAAGAGGGUGAAAGGGAAAAAGGUUGUGAUAGCCAAAUCGUGUAAAGAUCCAAGUGUAAGGAUUAUUUGGGAUGGGAUCCAUUACACUGAAGCUGCUAAUAACUGGAUCUUCCAACAAAUAGUCAAUGGCUCCUUUUCAGAUCCACCUACAUCUAUGAAAAUGGCUUGUUAUGGUCAUGCAUAA